ACACCAAAGGCUGAAGUUUCCAUGCCUCGGUUUCCCCUCGGUAUGCAUCCGGGCCCUUCCCCCAGGCUGUACGCUGGGGCCGGGGUACUCCGGUGCCUGGGGAAGCGGAAAGCCGGCCGGUGAGGGGUGACGGUGAGGGGUGACCGCCGAGUGCUGCCCGCGCCGGCCGGGGGCGGGGCCGGGAGGCGCGCGCUCGGAGAUCCCCGCCCGCCGGUUUCCUCCGGGGUCAGCCCGGCUCCUUAUCAGGCGCGGCCAGGCGGCCUGGCCCUUAUCUGAGCUGGCCCAGCAUCCUCUGGCCGCUGCGCCGGGGGUGAGAGGGAGGAAACCCGGCCGCCGGGGGCGGGGAGAGGGCGGGCCAGGCCGGGAGCCGUUCACUUUCCCUCGGGGAACCCACGCCGCCACCGGCCGCCGCGGCCUUCGGGAGCCCGGUAGGAGGCGCGGCCCAACUCCUGGGCCGACGGGGCGCCCUGGAGGGCAUUGGCUGAACCCCGACAGCGGAAACCGCAUCCUGGCCUGGACUGCCAGUCCUGCGGAGACAGAGCCCAGGCACUCACCAGGCUGCUGGAACAGCGCCGGGGUGAGCACCCCUCCUCGGGGUCCAUGUGCCCACCCCAGGCCCUGGCAGAGGUGGGCCCCACCAUGACUGAGAAGGCCGAGAUGGUCUGUGCUUCCAGCCCAGCCCCUGUCCCACCCACUAAGCCUGCCUCACCUGGGCCUCUACCCUCAGAUGAGGUGGGCCACAGAGGUGGCUCCCCAUCUAGGUUGCCCCCUGGUGUACCAGUGAUCAGCUUGGGUCAUACCAGGCCCCCAGGGGCAGCCAUGCCCACCACAGAGCUGAGUGCCCUCCGGCCCCCCUUGCUGCACCUCUCCACUCUGGGAACUACCCCGCCCACCCUGGCUCUGCAUUACCACCCUCACCCCUUCCUCAACAGCGUCUACAUUGGGCCAGCAGGACCUUUUAGCAUCUUCCCUAGCAGUCGGCUGAAGCGGAGACCAAGCCACUGUGAGCUGGACCUGGCUGAGGGGCACCAGCCCCAGAAGGUAGCACGGCGCGUGUUCACCAACAGCCGCGAGCGCUGGCGGCAGCAGAACGUUAACGGCGCCUUCGCAGAGCUCAGGAAACUGCUGCCGACUCACCCGCCCGACCGGAAGCUGAGCAAGAACGAGGUGCUCCGCCUGGCCAUGAAGUACAUCGGCUUCCUGGUGCGGCUGCUGCGCGACCAGGCAGCCGCGCUGGCUGCAGGCCCCGCCCAACCCGGGCCCCGUAAACGGCCUGCUCGCCGGAGCCCAGACGAUGGCGCCCUCCCGGGGUCCGGGCGCAAGGCCGAGGUGGCGGUGCGCUCGCAGCCCGCGCCCCUGGCAGACUCCGACAUCAACCCCAAUGGGGCAGUACGGCCCAUCAAAAUGGAGCAAGCGGCUGUGAGUCCCGAGGUGCGGUGACCCCCAUACAGCGGCGCCUCUGAGCCGUGGGUGCCACCGAAGACUCAGACCGGGACAGUGGAGGAAAGGUCUCGCUUCGCCGGCUCCCGAGCGAACUGUCAAAGAGGGACUUAGACACGACGUCCCCGAUAGGGGAGUGAUCCUGGGGGUCUGGAAGGGUGACCAUCAUCCCAAGGGGCCCCGCAGACUUUUUUCCGCCCUGUAGAUUACCCAGGAAGCGCGGUCGUCGGACCCAAGUGGUGCUCCACCUCUGCACUUGUGGGGGUACUGGGGUCGCUGUGGGGGAGGGAGGAGUCUUCCCCUUCUCACGGCGCCCCCUUCUGGAGACUCAAGAACUGACUCUCGGAUGGCGUGUGCGGCACACCUGGCGCCCGAAGAGCCAGGCAGCAUAGACACCCGGCACCUAGCCCACAGACUCGACCCGGUCCCGCACGAUCGCAUUAGCGAAGGCUCUGGAGCUCUUGCUUUUGUUUUUCUUUAUUUCUUUAUUUCACAUACACAUUAGCCAUUCAAUGGAGAAGCCGGAGAGAGUCAGGCAAAGAUGGUAUAACAGAAGCGCAGUGACGGGGGCGGGGCGGGGCGGGGCGGAGAGGGAACAGACGGGCUGGCUGCCUACUUGCAUUCCGCUAGGACACUGAAAACCCAGAAAACAAAACAGACAGUAAACUACCCUUGUUUCUUAUGUAUCUCAGUGCAGAGACGGGGGGCGGGUGGAGGGCAGAGAGGGGGAGACCAGGCUGAAGGAGGAGCAGAGGGAGGGGGACGCUAAGGGGGAAGCACACCAAAUCCAUUAGUACUAUAUAUAGAGAUACUCGUAUAUACUGCGUUUCUUAGCCUAAGAAGAAACUUGUUUGACGGGACGGGCGGCCUUUGCGGUCCGCGAUGCUGGUGCUGGUCGGGCGCACGGAUCUCCCGGGAGGGGCUGAAGCGGGGCUGGCCCAGGCUGGCUUGCGGGGUGAAGGGGGCGCCCCAAGGGUGGGUGGGAUGGGGGCAGCAGAGGUGGGGCUGGGGUGCCCCUCGGGCUCUCGAUUGGGGGACAAAAGUUCUCGUGACUUUAUUGCUCCUUAUUUUCUCUCGUGUGUGUGUGUGGGGGGGUCCGUUCAGCACGGUCGGGGUGGGGAAGUGGUGGGUCGUCUGAGCCACCCGGCCCCUCUGGGACCCAGAGCGCGGCGUCCGCUCCGCCAGCACGGGGGUGAGAACAAGGCACUAGGUCGGCCGGCCAGCGCGGGGGCGGGUGUGUAAGGCAGUCGACAGGGCUGGUUGCGGGAUGGGGCGGGGCUAUGUGCGGGGCCGUGUGCGUGCGUGCGUGCGAGCGCGGGUCUGGGCAAAUCAACAUGUCAGCGUGGCUGGUCCUGUCCUGGAGCAUCGAGCCUUCCGGGUGCUUCCCGGAGCGGGCCGGGGAAGGAGGAGUGAUGUUGAGUAGUGGUGGUGGUGAUGGUGGGGGUCACCGGGGAAGAGGUUCGGGGAGGAAACUACCAACUUGCUGAGCGCGCUCCUGAUAAUGCUGGUGAGGGUCAAGUUGGCGUCUGGCUCGAAGAAGGGCGCUCGGGGCGGAGAGGGAGGGAGGGAAGGAACAUUUGUUCGUUGGCAUUGACCUCUGCAGGGGAGGGGCUUGGGACCCCCUGCGCGCCCCUGUGCCCAGACGGCGAUGGUGCGAGGAGGGGGCGCAGUGCCCAGGGAGGGGACGCCCGGGGAGAUCCGCGGCAAGAGCAGCCCAGCCGCCGGGCGCACGCCGCUGUCCCGUUCCGUUAAACUCAACAAAGAAGGGAUAUGCGUGUUCCUAACAAGUGCAGGAUAUUUAAUUGAUUCAUAAACUUAUGUAUAAUAGUUUGUGGGUUUUUAAACGUACUUUAUAAUGUAAGAAGCACCAGGGUUUUUAUGUUUAAUUAUCUUAAAAUAAUUUCUCUCGUCCUUUUUUCCUUUUUGAUAUUGUGUUUUGUUUUGAUUUUUCAUGUCGAGGUGUUUUUUUUUUUAACUUCAAAAUGUGUACGUUUCCUUCAGCCCUCCCACCGAAACCGAGAACGAACAACAAAACAAAUAAAAACCCCAGAUCAUCCUCGUCAACGCAGGAAAAUGACUUAAAAAAAAAAAAGAAAGAAAAAGAAAAAAAAGGAAAGGAAAAAACACUCAGCUUUCGUCAUCCCCGCGCAGGGCGGGGCAGGCCUAGUUCUUUUAGCGUCCCCAGAGCCGCGAGGACAUUACAACAAAAAUAGAAUUUUUUUUUCUUAACAAUCUCUUAACAUACAAAGAUAGGAAAACUCUCUGAUGCAUUGCACUU